CCCCGGCCCCGCCCCCACAGGGGAUGAACUUGGAGCCCAGUUCUGCCUAGGCCUUACUCUAAGACCGAAAGGCUCGCUGACCAUGGCCAUGAUCUUGGGUUACUGGGAUAUCCGCGGGCUGGCUCACGCCAUCCGCCUGCUCCUGGAGUACACAGACUCACACUAUGAGGAAAAGAAGUUCGCGAUGGGGGACGCUCCCAACUAUGACAGAAGCCAGUGGCUAAAUGAAAAAUUCAAGCUGGACCUGGACUUCCCCAAUCUGCCCUACUUAAUUGAUGGGGCUCACAAGAUCACCCAGAGCAACGCCAUCCUUCGCUACAUUGCUCGCAAACACAACCUAUGCGGGGAAACAGAAGAGGAGAAGUGUCGCAUGGACAUUUUGGAGAAUGAAGUUAUGGACACCCGCCUGUACUUUGCCAGGAUGUGCUACAACCCUGACUUUGAGAAACUGAAGCCUGGGUACCUGGAGGGACUCCCUGACAAGAUGAAGCUCUACUCACAGUUUCUGGGGAAGAGGCCUUGGUUUGCAGGGGAGAAGCUCACCUACGUGGAUUUCCUGGCUUAUGACAUUCUUGAUAUACUGCGUAUAUUCGAGCCCAAGUGCCUGGAUGCAUUCCCAAACCUGAAGGAGUUCAUGGCCCGCUUUGAGGGCCUGAAGAAGAUCUCUGCGUACAUGAAGUCCAGCCGCUUCCUCCCAGCGCCUCUGUUUCUAAAGACUGCCGUGUGGGCCAAUAAGUAGGGCCUCCGUGGGUGGGGGUGCCGGGGAGGAGCCAGAGUUGUGCUUGCUGUGUCCCCCCAACAGCGGUCUUGCUUCUUUGUCCUUUGUUAUAUUCCUUUGUCCCCACGAAAUACCUAUGGGCGCCCUUUUCUCCCUCCCAACCCUGUCUUCAUCCAGGCCCUUUGUCGUCAGCUCUCUACUUCAGCAAAUUUCCUCCCCCACCAGCGUUAUCCGUCCUGCACUAAAGCCAACCAGACCAUUCUUCCCUGGGUGGUUGCUCCACCUGCGGGAGCUGGACUGGACUCCUGGCCUGGGGAGCCCUGCCGUGAGCUCCCCCGGGCUGCCCCGAAGCCCCGUAAGACCUGGAGUGCAGGCCCGGCUCCCCCAGGGUGGUCCCUGCCCAGCCCUGCCUGAUCCCCAGUGAAGCCUUACUCACCCUGACCUGGCUUGUGUUCUUCCCUUCUGGCCUUUGGAUUCAGGAUUGAGCGUAUCUGGGGACAUGGAAGUUCCCUUUUCUGGUGUCCGUUGAACCAGCCCGGUGGAUCGGGUUGUGUGUGUGAUGCCAAGAAAGGGGACGUGUAGGAUUAUAAGGAUUCUUGCUUAUUUCUAUCUACUUCAUAGACUUCCGUGCCUCAGCAUGGGGUCUCUACAGAAAGAGGGGGGCCCUUCUGUGCCUAGGUCCCUCCUUAACGCAGCAUUCCUGGAGUGCCUCCUGGAAGCUCACAGUAAGUACUGUGUCAUGGUCCGGGGGCUCUCAGGGCUUGGGCAGUCCACUGAUAGUGGUCACCCUUCCCUGGGUGCUCUCCCUGCUUUGGAAACCCUUCCUCCGUGCCCUUACAACUGUGCAUGGUGAAAGGAAAUGUAAUCACUUAUGUUGAGGGGUUUUCAGAAGCAGCCAGGAGGCUAUUAAGGAGAUGGACCUUAUGCACAUCCUCAUUAAUGAAACCAUGAACUUUGAACUGGGCCACAUUGCAAAUAUUCCAAGGACUCUGCCCAAAUACCUGCAUCUUUCUUUGGAAAUUCGUAUAGGUAACAUUUCAAGGGAGACACCCUGUUGGUUUUGACUGGAUAUUCAUAUAAACUUUUUAAAGAGAUGAGUGGUAGAGCUAAUCCUUAUCUGUAAGUUUUGAAUUUAUAUUGUUUCUUCCCAGGUAUAAAACCAUUUUUUCCCUACAAAUAGUUUUGGUUUUGUUUUUUUGCGUUGGGGGGAGCGUAAAGGAAAGCAGAAUGUUUUAUCAUGAUUUUUGCUUUAGCAACUUUGGGACAAAUUAAAAGUCCUAAACUCUGGUGCCGGGGGCGGGGCGGGGGGGAGAAAAAAAAGGAGACCUUGCUCAGUAAUGGCCUUAGCAAACCAAUUAUAUUCAGCCGAGAUUAGUUUUCUGCCACCAACGCCAAUUACAAUUCUUUGUAAACAACAAAUACAAAUGUCUUCUUCUUCUUUUUUUUUAAGGAUUUUAUUUAGAGAGAGAGAGAGAGCACAAGCAGGAGGAGCGGCAGGCAGAGGCAGAAGAAGUAGACUCUCCGCUGAGCAGGGAGCCAGAUGUGGGGCUCCAUCCUAGGAUCCUGGGAUCAUGACUUGAGCCAAAGGCAGCCGCUUAACCGACAAUGUCUUAUUUUUGAAAGAUUUAUUUAUUUAUUUAAAAAAGAGAGAGGGAGAGAGAGAGUGCGUGUGUGUGAACACGCAUGCAAGUGGGCGGAGGGGCCCAGGGGGAGGGAGAGGGGAAGCAGACUCCCCACUGAGCAUGGUAGCUGUGACCACACGGGGCUCAGUCUCACCACUAUGAGAUCAUGACCUGAGCUGAAACCAAGAGCCGGAUGCUUAACUGACUGAGCCACCCAAGCACCCCCAUACAAAUAUCUUUUAAAACCUCUGGCUUUUGUUCCCUAGGGGAACACAGUUUGCGUUGCUACCCACAUCUGUGCUCCCUGAAUUAAAUUCUGAGACCCCAAA